UCGACUUGCCGGGCUGUAUUCGGAGCGGGACCCGCGUGUGUCGUGAAAACGCGCACCGCACGCGCAAAAAACAAAAAACAAAAAGAGCGCCGCGGCGUGUCGCACACCGAUGUCGUCCGCUGCACUAGCCCGUCGCCUCGCGCGUCAAGCCGCGGCCGGACUGGGCCGGCGCGCGCGCUCCAGUGACACCGCCGGCUGCCCAUUCCAUCGCGGCGGCGCGGCGCUGGAACCGGCGACGAACCGCUCCGCGGGAGCGGAGCAGGCGUCGUGGAGCGGAGCGGAACCGUACGUGUCGAAGGGGCCGGCGCGGAGGCCCUUCACGUCGCUGCCCAGUCCCAAGGGGCUGCCCGUGCUGGGCACGGCGGUGGACGUGCUACGGGCCGGGGGCGCGCCCAAGAUCCACGAGUACUGUGACCGGCGGCACCGCGAGCUGGGACCCAUCUACCGCGAGACGUUAGGCAGCGUGGACGCCGUCUUCGUGGCCGACAGUGCGCUCAUUCAGAAGGUGUACACCAACGAAGGCAAGUUCCCCAUGCACAUGGUGCCCGAGGCCUGGCUCAUCUACAACGAAGUCAAAGGAAUUCAGCGCGGACUCUUCUUCAUGGAUGGCCCGGAGUGGAUCGACCGACGCCGAAGCCUCAACAAUGUGUUCCUCAAAACGAAGACUGUCACUGACAACGUGCCCGUCUUCAACGACGUCAUCACGGACCUCCUGAAUCGGUGGCACGACGCCCGCAACGACAGAGGCAUCUUGGAAAACGUCGAGCGUGAACUUUACAACUGGUCCAUAGAAUCGCUGGGGGCCAUGAUCUUUGGCCGGCGGCUGGGCUGCAUCGCGCAAACCUCGAGUAUGGACAACGUGCACGAGUUCGUCCACUGCGUGCAGCAGAUCUUCAACGAGUCGGCCAAGAUGUCCAUGUUCUCGCCGCGCCUCGCCUACCGUCUUCGGCUGCCCGUCUGGCGGCGCUUCGUCCGAGCAGCGGGACGUGCCCUCGAGCUCGCGAGAGACUACGUCGAGGAGAACGUGAAAGCAAUCGCCAAAGAUCCAUCGUCCGCUGCCCGGCACAACCAAGGCAUUCUAAGUCAACUCUUGCUCAACGAGAAAAUCUCAGAAGAAGAACUCGUCCGCAUCGUCACUGACCUCUUCCUCGCCGCUGCCGACACGACUUCGCAUGCCACCCAGUGGGCGCUGUACCUUCUCGCCAAACACCCCGAACAGCAGGAGCGGUUACUCCACUCGGUGCGUAGCGUGGUACCUGCGGGGCAGCCAAUCACCGAGGAGAGCCUUGCGCGGCUACCCUACGUCAAGGCGGUCAUCCGGGAGGCCCUACGGUUGUACCCGGUGGCACCUUUCCUGACGAGGAUCCUGUCCGAGGAUAUUGUCCUGGAUGGAUACCACAUCCCCGCUGGGAAACUCAUCUUGAUGUCCCUGUACACGACGGGACGGGACGAACAGCACUUUUCGGAGCCGCACGCGUUCAGGCCUGAGAGAUGGCUGCGAGAUCGCGACCGCAUGGGACAGGUGAACUCGUGGGCCUGCCUUCCGUUCGGCCUCGGCGCCCGUUCUUGCAUCGGACGCCGGGUGGCCGAGGUCCAGAUGCAGUUCCUCAUCGCACGGACGGUGCAAAAGUUCGAGCUGACGCCGAGCACGGACAAGGACGUCCAAAUCAAGAUGCGGCUCAUUACUACACCGGAGGAGCCCAUCUCGCUACGGAUGACCCCUCGGUAGCGUUCCUGUCGUGGCUAGCCGACAGAAACGAGCGCGUCACAAACGAUCCGAGUCGUCCGUGGCUCGGCGACGUCUACCCCGGGGCCACCGUCGGUCCGCAUGCCGGCCACGACAUCCUGGGAGGCACCCGGCGUGCCGGUCGCGUCGGCGUCGUACGACCUCGUUCCCUCGCCACCGUGGGGCGAGCGAACCACCACUACCGCCAAAGACGAGGGCAGCCCAGAGCACAGCCGCCCAGCUGGGACCAUGCCCGAAACGCCACACGCACACGCAAACACACACACACACACACACACACACAGCAGCCGCGCGACCGCGGCAUGGACGCUACUUCCGCUGGCCGGAAGUCAGGCCUUACAAAACAAAUCGUGACCGCGCAUCACGAGUUGCACGAGCCGUGCGUCACAACUAGACCUUUUGGCUAUUGCCGAUCGACGCUGCUUGAACGCGUCGGCCCGGCAGCAGGCGAUUGCAUUUGUUACCUUUACUCGAACGAAGAGCAAUUACGAAGCCCUGGUCUCAGGCACACUACUUAAGGACGCAUUCUUCUUCUCCAAGCAGUGCUAUUGUUUGUGUUCACGUCCAGAAAGCGCGGUGAUGAUCUGUUGUUUCUCUUGUAUCCAGCAAUGUCAAAUGCUUGUCGGAAAGCUCAGUGGCACGCAGGGAAAGGGCUGUAUUUUCACGACACUUGUAUGCAUGGUCUCCCCUGUACACCACACGAUAGAAUUGUAGCUAUAAAAACAAAAAGAGCUUCCGACACUAAGUGCCUUUGUUGUGCACGGAAUGGCUGUCCUCUAGACGUCCGCGUAACUGAGUCUUCAUCGAACGGCUGUGUCGUGGCAGGUUUCACGUUUGGUGAUACAGGUGCCUUCUUCCAGCCCGUAUUCAGUGAAAACACUGAUCAGGCACUGAGCUUAGCCAACGCACGUUGACGUUGCUUUCACUAAGCAAUGUGUGCCUCAUUCAAUAGAGCUUGCAGUUCUUGCGUCCGUUUUUCCGAUGCAACCGGAGCAUGUGCGCCUAGAGUGCACCAGGAGGCGCUGUAUGACAAGUUAAUGGCCGAUUUGCCAAUAGAGGGUUUUACACAUGUCUACAUGUUUACUGACCUUUUAUCUGUUUGAUGCUGGGAUCGCAAGUGCCCGCUCUUAACCAGCGUUAUUUAGCGAUUACCUUCAGAAUCACUAUUUCUGCAUAUACUCUUUUUAAUGGGCACUUCCUUCCAAGUUUCUUGCGACGAAUGAAACACAUGCAUAAUUGUUCAACACCGCGAACUUUUCACGAAAUGCCACACGAGCGUCUCUCAUUCCGAGUGUGUUGUCGUGAGAGAGCGCGCAUAAUUAUCCAGUAUCGUCGCUGUGCGCGUUAAUGUAUUGUUCAAGUGAAUAUGGAUAGAUUAACAGGUGGAAGCACUAGUCCGUUGGAGUCUUUUUGUGAUGUAUUGUGAACCAAGAUGGCGAAGAGUGACUGAUGCUAUACGCAUGCCAUGCAACCCCAAAUAACGAUUUGUAACCACAAAAGUAUGUUACUUCGUUCUUUCUCCUUUCUCUCUCCUUUUAAAUUUUUUUUUACCUGUACCUUUCACAAUAACCACUAAGGACUCACUUGUUACGAUCUCAUGCGUGUUCUUUUGAGAUGACUAUUCGCAGCCUUCAACUGACGCCUCUUGACGAGAUUCUACCUCCUCACUCACUGAGGGUUAGGACGGGUCGCGCCGGUUCGGAACCGUCUGGUUAUGCCGCUAAGUUCAAAACGCAAAGUGCUUUAAAAUGAGCGUUCUGUUCUGCGUUUAACUGCGCUUCAUAUAUGCUGCCGCUUCCUGGUAGCUGAUAAUGAUCUCUUUAAAACUCAUUAGUUAGUAAAGUUGUUCACUGUUUGAUCAGCCUUGAUUUGACUAGACGCAAUGAUCUGAACAUAAAAGAAAAGCCUUGUGCUCGACAGACUGCGUGAGAAACCACUAAACAUUAGCUCUACUUUAGCACCUCCGGACGUCAGUGCGGGUAUCAGAAGCCAGCGAGUGCCGUUGGGCGUCUCUUUAUCUUCAGCAGCAGAAGCGCAGAUAAGCGUUGCCGAGUCUGAAGGUCGCAGGACGUUAACUGCAGCAAAGAAAGUGUAAGAUUAGAAAAACGAAUCUCUCAGAAAUGAACGGCAUAUGGGCCAGCUUGCUCAGAGGACAUCGUUGUCCUUCACUACGAGUCGGUCGGAAGAUUGCCACAUUUCCAUUAAGAAGCUUAGAAAAACUCGAACCGUAUUCAGACUAGCAACGUAUUUGAGGUUCUUGUGCGUGGCAGACGCUUUCCUAAGAAAAGUUUAAUAGGUGAUCACAAGAAAGCUUUCUCGAGAAGGUCGUCACGUAUGUUUCUACGGUAUUGACGGGGGAAAAGUAUACGAACGUCAUACGGUGGUUUCACUGUAAUCGUAAAAGCGGGAGGCUUCCCACACAUGCUCAGUAGUUUUCCGCAAGCUGAGCAUCUUAAUUGUCGACUGAAGGCGUUUUAAUUUACGUAAAAGAGAAAAAAAGCAAAGAAAGCAGCGCACAGCUUCGGAUCAUUCCUCACCAGCUCGCCAAGUCGCGUACUUGCCCGACGUGUUCGACAAUUUUGCGGGAGGCUCGUUUCAUUUCCUUGUCGAUGUUUGUCUAUUUCUUGGUGUUUGUCGAGUAUUUAUUUCCUGACCUUGGUGUGUACACUUGAGGAGCCUUGAUCUCUACGGAGCGUUUUUGCGCUGACGUCUGUGUUCCUUGUUUAAUGUGCCCGUGUUUACACAAACACCUCUUGCGUCGAUCAAGCGUUCCUGUUAUCUCAUUCCUUUAUUACCUCCUUCGGAUCCUCGCUUAUCGGAAACAUUAAGUUUCUCUCUAAAGGCUAUCGACGUGUGAAGCUUUGCGGCAUCGCUAAUUCAGCAGGCAGCACAUAUCAAGCAAUGCCGAUGCGUUGCCCCGAACUUUGAUGCCUUUUCUUUUUACUUUCAUUUGUACGGCGUCGCUUGCCACAAGUAACGACACGACACUCACAAAUAUCACUCACUCUCCUUAUCUCGGCAACUAACCACCUAAGAGUCAACAUGCAUUCUGCCAUAACGUCCUUUCAUCGUCACAGAUUUUAUUGCACUGUAUCCCUCGAUACCUACGCGCGGACACCUUUUUAAAACCAUCUCACUUCAUCUCACAUUCUAUUUAUCUGCUCAUCUUCACAUCUAUCAAUCAUAAAUUAAAACUCGCAACCACAUGUGCAAAACGUGUUUCAAGUUUCUUCUUGGAAAUUCUCGAAAUGGUCGUUGCCAACACACAGACACGCAGGCACCCAUGUGCACGAACACAUACACUGACACACACAGAAACAUGGUUAAUGAGGCAUAUGUCUCGAACAACCCACCGACUUAAGUAUCACGUGCUCAGUGUUCAUUCUCUCUUUGUAUAGGAAGUUGUGACUGGUAUUGAUUGUCUUGUUAACUCGAGAUUCCUUUGUGCGUUUACACAUAUUUUUGUACAGUUUCGAUGCCUUGACACUGUUUACUCUUGUCCAUAGCUCUAUCAGCAGAUCAGUGCCACAUUGUACAAGCUCUCGGGUUCGGGGUUGACUGUUUGUUAUCUGUCUCCUGCAUUGCGCUCUGUGACCACUAACUUGUCGCCAGUGCUUUCUUUUUUUUUCUACUACAGAUGCCUGACAUGUGCAAUCACAUCAUUAUUUCCUUUGUGCAUCUGCUCACGUUUUACCCUCGUGUGAAAGAGCAUUGUGAUUUUGUAUAAAUAGGAGCAGUGCUUUCGCAGAUGCUACAUGCCCGUACGAUGCUGUCUGUACCUUAUUCACAAUGCUACACGUCAUAUUAGGAUGCAAGGAACAAUCAAUGCACGAAUUUGCAUAUGCACUCACACGGCUCUGUGGUCGGCCAAUAGCCCGAGCAAUGCACCUCUCCGCGCGACUUGCGUGCGCACAUAUCUUUUGUAUAAUAUGCGGUCUACAAUCGCGGCAGUGUGCCUGUACAGUACGCAGUGCACUGUGACGCUGUAUUACUGUUGUGAGACAAAGGGCGCUUUUUUUUUUUGCCCUAACAUGGCCAGUCGCUGACCUCUUCUUUUUUUUCUUCGGCGCGAAGCAAACGAAUGAAAAUAAACGACCUUGCAUUUCUACGAA